CGCGGAUGCUCCGCUGGGCCCGGCUCUCCCCUCCUCGUGCCCCGGGCAGUGCGGGCGCCCCGGGCGCUCCGUGAGGGCAGCGCCGCCGCCACCGUCCCACCACACCCCGCGGAUUCCCCGUCCCGGGCCGCCGCAGCGGGAUGGCGCCGGGGCUGCUGGACCUGGUGCACUUGACAACCUGGGCCGUGUGUGCCGUGAUCAAGCUGCCGCAGCUGGUGGCGGUGCUGAGGGCCGGCUCGGCGUGGGGACUCAGUGUGAGCAGCCUCCUCCUGGAGCUGGCCGGCCUCCUUGUGUUUCUGAGGUACCAGAUCUAUUAUGGUUACCCCCUGGAGACAUACCUGGAGUUUCCUGUCGUCAUUGCACAAGACACCAUUCUCCUGGGCUGCAUUAUGCAUUUCAGUGGAAAAGUGAGACGAGCUUUUUUCUAUGCAGUCAUAUUUUGGGUGGGCUGGUACAUGCUAACACUGCAGAAGCGUAUAAUAGACCUGGCCAUGAAUCUGUGCACGCUCAUCAGUGCAGCCAGUAAGCUGGUUCAGCUGCAGCAUCUCUGGGAGACAAAAGAUUCCGGACAAGCGAGUGCCCUGACCUGGGGCAUGUCUGUGUACGCCUCUGCAGCAAGAAUCAUUACAACUUUAAUGACUACAAAUGAUCGCGCAGUUCUCACCCGUUUCAUAGUCAUGCUCAUUCUCAAUAUUUGGGUCACAGCCACAAUCCUGCACUACAGGAAGACUAAAAAGACUGAUUAGACAACACUCAUCAGCACACAUAUCAUUACCAUAAAAAUAUAAUUAAGCUUAAAGAAUUUAAGAAUUCUUCAAAGAUGGAGGAAGCUCUCUUUCUCUAAUAUUUACCUUUAGCAUACUUAUAGUAUUUACAGUACUUACAGACUUACAGUAUAGUACAUUCAUGCUUACUUUCUCUUAGAAAUAAUUCUGAUAAGAUACUUAAUUUAAGCAGCAUAUUUUUAUUGGUCAUUUCAGACAAGUUUCACUGAUAUCACAUUUUCUCUGGAUUUUUUUACUACAAGGUAUUUCAUAGUUAGAUGUAUAUAUAUUCUGGUAUCACUUCAGUACUUUCUGGUUACAUAUAAGCAAUUUUCUUCAAUUAUACAUGAUCAAUUUUGCACCAACAUACUGACUUGUCCUGUUGCAAGACUAAAAAAUCACAACAGAAGUUUGUCUUCUUGCAAGCAACUAAAUUAGUUCAACAUUAACUGUCUGUAUUUUAGGAUGAAGAAAAUCUCAGUCAAGGCCCAAUCCAGAAUAAGGUUCUAAUUACUAAGUCACAAAUCCAGUUGGGAUUGUAGCACUUACAUGCAACACUUAAAUAGUACAAUUUAUACAGCUGAUACAGGAUACCCAUAGUCACUUUCCUCAGUAUACCCAGUUUUUAUUGGAUAAGAGAGCAAAAAUUCCACUAUGAAUUAUUUUCCGUAACCUGAGCUCUCAUUCACUCAACAUACUAUUUUGGGAACAGCAGGGACUAGAAUGUAUGGGAAUUAAUGAAAUUGUGGCCAACAGUUAAAAAUGCUGUUCAGGCAGAAGUUCCUGGAAUGACACCCAGAAUUUCCAAACACCAUCCAUACUGACAGUGACGUGCAUCUUGAUGCAUCUCAGCAGACUGAUCUCCUGUGGUUGUCAGGUUUUGGUGAUAGUGCUCUGUGGUUCAUGAAUUUUUGGCCUGUCAGUGCUAAGUGUGUUGAAGAACAUAGACUUCACUUAAACAUUUACUUCAGUAAUUCUAAUCAAUUUGUAGAACUUAAGAGUAAAAAGGGGGAAAGGAUAUUCUUGACAACUAUUAGCAGAGGAUUUUGGUUUUGGAAGUACUGCCUUCACAACCAAAAGUUACAUUAGUAAUCAUAUAGCUUGCCUUCAUUUAUCAUUACAUUCCCCAAAUUAAAAGAUACAACAUUCCAAGAGUUCUUACAGUAUUCUGUGAUUGGCGUGUAAAAACCUAGGCACCCUUGAUCCCAACACCCUUGAAAACUGUGGGAAGACUGCACUGACUUCAUUUGAGGCAGGUUUUCUUUGCAACAUUCUAAAUUGUGUGACUGCUCUGGAGCAAAGGGAUCUGGAAAGCAGAUGUUUCUGCCAGUGAGCACGCAGCAAUUGGAACAUUCACCAUCAGAAAACAGCUGCUUCAUACUCUAAAUUUUAGGGGGAAGGGCUGGGAAAAGAUGUGUCUGUGGGAAUUGAUUUCAUGUAUCCCAUGUUAUCGAGAGCAAGUCAAAGAUGAGAUUGUUUUUUACUGCUCCAAUAAAAAGUCUAAAUCUUUCUAUGUUGGUUGAAAGAUUAAUUGUAAACAUUCUGAUUUUAUUAAAGCUGUGUAAAGUAUCUGAAGUGGUCUAAAUAGUGGUAGGUGGCAUGUGAUAAAUUUUCCAGGUGAUACGAAUAAAUGUUAUUCUUCAAGAUUGAUAGUGUCAUUGUUACAUUAAUGUUCAUUGCAUUUGAGUUUUUAUUGUUUUCAUAUAUGGAGAGAAAAUGAAAUAUUCAUUACAGGUCAUAAAUGGGCAGCUUUCACCUUAACACUUGAAGCAUCAGGCUGAAUAUUGACCUGCCAAAUGCUGAAGAGCUCCAGCAUCUUAAAAUGAAAAAAACACACUUGCUUUUUAAUUAAUUAAAGCCUUUUCUUGAUAGAGAAAGAUUUGUAUUGAAUCCAAACCCUCUCUGUUAUUGAUAUCUUUCACACUCCUGAAUGAUGCUGUAGCAAGAUGAAGCUGCUCCAUUUUUGGUUUGAGAAUCAGCACCUCAAGAUGGUUUUUUAUCAUAAAAUACUGAAAAUGCAUUUAAGAACAGUUCUUAACAGGUUACUUAAUGCAUUUUGAAUAAAUCACCUUAGAAACCUGUGGGAAAAAAAAGACUCAGGAAAACAAAUAAAGCUGGGUAAUUAAUGAACUUAAGGUAAAGUAAUUUUGUGGACUUGGAAAGCUGGACCAUGAGUUCUCAUUCAAGCUGCAAGAGAUACGGAACAAAUCAGAAACUAGCAGUAAAUAGUUUUACACACUUCUUCCUCUCUCAGAGAGUAACUUCUUUCACUUUCAUAAACAGAGGCACAUUCAAAUUCCAGGCAAGCCUCAUGAAAGCACAGACACUGUGUUUUCCAGUAGGUAAAGAAUAAUCUUCUCAGUGGCUGGAUUAAAGGCAACAGCUUUAGACAAAUACCUAGGCAGGAUAAAUCUUGUUAAACUCUCAUUCACCAGUAUCGGGGUGGAAACAGGGAGGUCAUUUGCUGUGUAAUGCAGCAGCAGGGCAAAAGCAAGCAGGGAAAGCAUCUUGGAUUUAUGGCACAAGGUGUAAGCAAGUAAGCAGCUCUUGUCCACAGGGCUGGAACUAAUCCAACUCCAUUCACAAAUGCUGUAUAGGUGUGGAAUUACACACUUGGUGUCCAAAUGUAUCAGUUCACAACAUGCUCACAAGGUAACACACCCUGUCCUGCCCUGGCUGACGAAGUGUGUGUCUUGCUGGGGCUUUCAAAAACUUUGAGUCUUCUUGUCUGUGAGAAGAGAAGCUCUGAGUACCAGUACAGUCCACUAAAUAACCCCAAGUACCUCCAGCAGCGGCUAUGAGGAACUGUGACUGGAUUUGGCAGCAGGUAAGCUAGAAGCUCACUUCAACCGUAUGAGAGAGAAAACGUUUACCAUGAGAUUCACUAUGGAAAGGUGAGGAUGAGUCCAGGGACAGCAAGCUGCAGGUCUGGACAUGGAUGUGGGCAGUGGAAGAUGUGUAUAGUUUAUUUUUUCUGCACCGUCCUCAGCGAACAGAGCAUGAGCACAAAUGCAGCACCAUCCUCUCCCCACCCUAUGGGCCCCCCUCAGCACUGGGCAUUCUGUGCAAAGCAGACACAGAUGUCUUUCCUUGUGCUGCUCCAGUCCAGUAAGGGAUGCAAUUCCUGGGACUGCUCAGGGCUCCCUGUCCCUGCCUGACCCCCUGAGCCUGUACACUGUGCACGUGUCAGCUUCCAAUGCUGGCUCUGCUCACCUGAUCUACUGAAACACGAGAGAACGCAGUGGGGUGGGGAGGCAGUGACAGCCCCCAACCGCUGCAGAUCGAGAGCUGGGUUUUAGUGCAGUUUGACUCUGGAGAAAUUCAGAAUUAGCUGAAUGGCCCCAAUCUUGCAGAACACCUUCACUCACUUCUUUAAAUGAGGUAAAAUUACUCUUCCUCCACCAAACAAUCAUCCAUUUAGUGACAUAUGUAAUAGGGGGGAAAUAAAAAAAGGAAAUAACAGCGGAGUCCACACAAGGAACUAUUAUGAAUUAAAAACUCCACAGAUGUGGAGAUAACUAAAAUGAGGUAGUUUCCCAGCCAUGUAUUUUCCCUGAUGAUAAAUAAUAAUGACUUUCCUCCAAAUUCUCUUCAGGCUGGUUUUUCCACUCUCUUCCAAAUUCUUCCAUACUUGACAUUCGUAUUUAUGUAUGAAGCAGAACAUGAAAUGUCACCUUCACAAUAAUGGUCUAAGGAUGUCUCACUUUUGAAGGCGAGGAAGCUGAAAAAAAGUCUUAAAAUAGGAUGUUCUAAAGUUCUUGGUUUGUACUAAAUUUAAUUUGCUGGAUUUUGAGCCAGGGUUUUCCAGGACACUUCAGAGUUCUUGGUGAUGACAACUGUUGGUGUCAAACAGGUGCCUGGGAACCACAGUGAACAUCACUGUAAGAAUCUGACAAAGCAUCACUUGUGAUGGAUCCAAUUACAAGACUUUGCCAGCCUCACAGACCUGAGUCCUGAUGGACCUCAGGUGUUUCCUGCCUAAUGGCAAGAGAGACAUACAGACAUUUUCAAGUUAAAGGUGUCAGCUAUUCCAUUCUACAUUGGCAGCAGUUUGGGGCAACCAUCUCCAUCUUGGAAAAAAAUUCAAUCUUUGGGUAAAAUAAGAUAUUUUUACAUCAUAGUUUUGAUGAAAUUUAAUUUGGGAUACCUGAAGAACAGUUUAAAUAAUUGUCACAAUUUUGUUUCAUUAUUUCAUUUUAGAACUUUCUUAAAUUGCCAGAAGCCUAAACAGGUACCUCUGUGCAUUAUCUAGUAUCACUGACUCACAGGGAGGGAGCUUUAAGAGGGCAGAGACCUUGUUUUAUCUGUCAAGUAUUCUGGAAAAUGGUGUAAAGGACAGAACCUGCACCAGCCUAAAACAUGACAAGUUAAGUUGGCUAAUGAUAAUUCUGAUUCAAACUCUGUACUAACAUGGCUCCAUGCUGAAAAUCAAUUCUAUUUACUACCUUAUUAUACUUGCAAGUCAUCUGUGCAUAUGCCUGCUCCGGAACGUACAACAUUUCUGCUUUGGAAUGGGAAGGCUUUGGCCAGCAGUACCAAGACUCAUAGUAUAUGAAAAUCAUAAAUGGAAUAACACACAUCCUAUGCCUCAGGGUUGCCUCUGUCAGGUAAAUCCUAAUGUAGCACGAAUUGAGUUCUGUAAAACAUAUUUUAAAUAAUUACUGGAGAGAAAUUCUUUCACCUUUGAACAGCUGGCUAUAUACAGGUCCUGUAGAGUGGUCUUUCAAGAGUCUGACUUGAGAUUUCCCCCCCGCCCCAUGAAUUGCACUGUCAGCACAACUUACAACAAGCUCAGUACUCUCAGCUUGUGGGUACUUUCCUCUCUCAUCCUUGUUGUUUUUUUGGUUUUUUUUUAGUUUGCACAAAUGCCCACCUUCCAGUAAUACAACUCCCAUUGCUGUAGGUCAGAACAGAGCUGCUGGCAGGGGAGCCUCCCCCAUGGCUCUGGAUUGGACUAAAGCUACACAGAUCCUACCAAGUCUCAGUAGCCCCCAGGACACAGGGAUUGUAAUAUGCUGGAAAACAUCACACAGACACAUGAGACCAGGGGUUCCAGCAAGCAGAUUCAAGUCCUGAAGCUGCAGCCAGACCUGCACCCAGCUGCACCUGCUCCAAGAGCCCACCAGAAAAUGAAACAGUUGAGGUCAGAGACGGUGCAAGGUGAGCCAAUAUGAAACAGGGCUCAGAGGUCAGGUGGGGUACCCAGCUCCUUCAGUCUUAAAAAAAUUAAGGGAUUUAAUAUCUCAGGUAACUCCAAAAAAAGUAUCUACCAGUUAACUUGUUAAUAAAAAGUAACACAUAUUGAACGCAAUUCAGUGCCCAAAGUCUAAGCAGUUGGUGUUCCAAAGGACAAGAGGACUGGCUAUGAUCUCACAAGCCUGGUGUACUUAUUGCUGGAUAGCCAUGCUUAUCAAGUGGUGCAAGAGCAUCCUGGACAAAAACCACCCCAAACAGUAAUGAAAAAUGACAAGAACUACAUGACAUGAGGCCCACAGGGACAAUAUAAGACUAGGCAUAGAAGCAGGCCCACAUCUCUGAAAAACACUGAAGGCCUCGACCUUAAAAUGAAGUGGUAGGACUGAAGCAUCCUAUGCAGUUGUCUUGGUUGUGGAAGCAUUUCUGUGCAGCUCCUCCAACAAGUAAGGGCUGCAGAGACAUGACAUUAUUGGACUCUCUGCCCUUUCUUUUCAUGGUGAUGAUGUCUUUCCAGAGUUCAUUAAGGUAUCAGGACUACAUACACUUAUAAUUGAAAUUUCGUGACCUUUCACCAUGACUUUCAUUUUGAAAGAUCACUUUAAUCUUGCAGCUGCUACAAGAUUAUUGGAGCAAAAGCAGCUGCAGUCAAAUCCAAGGCUUCACCCUUGCAAUAUCAAGAUGUGGCUUUCUUACCUUUAUAAAACACUGCUUCCUGCCUACAAAGAGGCAAAGAUUCCAAACCCCAAUUUUCAAUAAUAAGACCUGAUAAUUAGCAUCCUGUGCCAAUACAUUAUUUUCUCUACAUCCCCACUUCUUAAGAGCUAUGUUUCUAUAGCAACAGCUUUUCCAUCCAUUGCGGUAGUUUCUGGGGAGAGCUAAGCUGGAUGUGUUCUGAGUGUUCUUCUCUGCCACACACAUUGCAGUAGACUUGUCUAAUUUCUCAGAUGAGAAUGUCUGAAUAUUUAGGCAAUAUGUCUGAAUUUUUAGAUACACCUAUCCAAUUUUUAGGCAACUUCGACAUUGAACACAAAUUGUAUUUUCAGAACCAUUCCAUCAACAUCUUUUAGAGAGAUUAGAAAGAAAAAUCAUUCCUACCCUCAUGAGGGACACUUUAAAGCAGCAAGCAAACCCUAUGAUCCUUGGGAUUCUGAUAGAAACUAAAUAAUUCAGAAGAUUAUCUUAAAAAAUAAGAAGCAAUGUUUUCAAUUUAAAGUGCACUAUGUCCAGAGAUGAUAAUUUGUAAAAAACUGUAAUGCACUGAAAAAGGCACCAAGCCACUGUCCAGAGGUCAAGGAGUGUCUAGAUCAUGCUUUUAGUCAUAUGGUUUCAUUUUAGGUAGUUCUGUGAGGAGCAGAGAGUUGGACUCGAUGAUCCUUAUAGGUCUGUUCCAACUUGAUAUGUUCUAUGAUUACAUGAAAAAACAAAUUAAUCAUUAUUUUAACAUGAAUGUCAAAGCAAACUAUCCAGGAAUGUGGAAGAGACUGAAAUACUCCAGUUCACUGGACUGGACCUUGUACUGUUUGUUCUUCUGCCUCAAAAACAGAAUAACGAAGUGAUUAAGGGUCUGUACGAGCAAUGCAGUAAGAAGUUUGCUUUAAUAAGUUUCCCCUUUCCACAGCAGCAUCCCACACACAACCUCACAAGCACAGGAUGGGUAAAGGCACUUGGGACCAAAAGAUAUAAUUCUCUUCUAAGGAUGAUUCUCUCAAAGCUAGAUGGGAAACUAAUACAUUGUAAGAUUACAAACAGAAAGGCUCAAAUUUCCCAUGAUCUGACUUGACAUUAGAAACUAAAAAGAAAUAAAGAGAAAAAGCACAUAAUUUCAGUGGCAGCUUUCCUGGCCUUGGUGCCUUCAGAGAGCGACUGAAUGCCUCUCAAAAUGUAGGAGGUUCAGUGUUUUCAAGAGGCAGUAAGAGAAAGUAAAUGAAAUUUCAUUGAUGUUUUAAAUUUGGCCCCUGUCACUGCUAAGAUCCUUGAGCCUCUUGCAUGUUUCCAAGUCCUACUGUGAUUCCAUGUCAUGUUUUUGGUUACAGCAUCAGCCAUGCUCAGAAGCACAAGAACCACCAUAGUUUUCCUCCAGUUAAAAGCAGACUUGGUGCUGGGUUGCUGGGAGGGGCUGUACUUUGGCAGGGACUACAAGAGGUAGGGAAUUGCAGCACACAACUAGGACAGAAGUGGAAAUCACAUUGCAGAAAAGUCUUCCUGACACCUGACAAGGUAAUUCCAAUGGGGUCUGCCUGUCCUUCUGUGCUGGUGAGCUCCUGGACUGGGAACAAAGGAGCAAUUUCUAUACAAGUGCCUCGAGCUUCUGGCUCCAAGUCUGACCCCUUGUUUUUCCAGAAGAUUAAUCUGCAGCUUGGCAAUACAACUUGUUUACCCUUGUGAGACAAAAGGACUUGCAAUGAGAGAAUUGUCUAUAGGUAAGUCAUUCAGGCCAUAAAAAUGUCCUGUUUGAUUAGGACAAGGCUGUAACAAAAAGAAAAUGUCAAAACAUCAGUGACUUUCAAGACAAAUACUCCUUAGUUCAUGAAUAUGUCCUUCUCUCAAAAACAUUAAAAGGUCACCACUAGACAGUAAGGAAACAACACAAAGUCCAGGAUCUAGCAUUAAAGAGGUGUUUGCAUUUCACAGCAGGAUAAGAGAGAACAGAAGAGCAGCUCUGCCUUUUGUGUCCUGGGUACAAAGCGAGGUUGGUGCACCUCAGCCCAGUGGCCUUGAGGAAGCUGUGCCAAGCCAGCUCUGCCCUGAGCAGAGGUCAGAGCACAGAGCCCCCUGCUCCCCCGAGGCCUGUUCUGCUCCCCGACUCCGUCCAGGACAGCUAAGCACCAUUUGUACAAGCAUGGCAUUCAUCCACUGUGCCUGGCAAAUACCAUCACACCGUGCAUUUCCUGAAGUGUCAGGCUUAGCAGGGCCCCGUGCAUCCACAGUAAAUGAGGGCAAGCCAGGAGAGAAAGUGCAAAGGAUCAGCCCCAGCAGUGGAGGAGCUGCCAAACAGCUCCCUCGGAGUCUGCUCCUUCUCCAGACACAGCCUUUGCUGGGCUGCCUUGGAACACCCCUUGCCUUUCCCAUAUCUGCUGCAGUAGUUAUUUUAUAUUUAAAUAGUUCAAUUAAUUACCAGCUUCUCAAGUUCAGGAACUAUUUUACCUUACUCAAAUAGUUUAUUUAAAAAUAUAUAUAUAUAUAAUAUUCUCCAAUUCAGAAAAGGAUAGAACUUCCCACAAUGUAACAUUUUUUUAUAUAUAUAUAUAAAAUAUUUAUGCAUUCAGUGAAUGGAAACAGUUUUACUGUAUACAUUUUUAAUGUUGUACUCUAUGCAAAUCUGCAUUAUCUAAAAAUAUACCGUACUUCUGUAAAUCAAAACAAGCAGGGAAAAACCACUGUAGCUGUGCUCUGGGUUAUAAUACCUAACAGAAAUGAUAUGAAAUUUUAGUUUUGAAUUUAAGAACUCACAAACAACAUUUUACGUUGUGAGCACAUAAAUAGAAGACUGAAUACAUUCUUGCUUUGUUAAGCUGAACUGUAGUAGAGGUUACAAAAUGUAAAUAUAUUUAUUAAUUUUCAGUAUUUCAGUGUUUCCAAGUCCACCUUUCAUGAUAGUGUUAAAUAAAACAUGGUCCUAUCCUUCCAAGCAUUUCAACACUCUUUAAAAAACAAAAACAAACAAACAAAAUUUUAAAGUGAAAUGUCCUCCUUCAUUGAAGUGUUAGAUCAUAUUUUAAAUUACUGCACUCCCACACAAUAUUUUAUAUAUAUAUAUAUAUUCUAAAUAUAUAUAUAUAUUUAUAUAUAUAUAAAUAGACCAAAUAGGAGACUACAUUUUUUACUGUCAAUAUGUUUAACAUCACAUACUGUAGUUGUAUAAAACAUGCAUUUUCUGGGAUAAUUAUGAACACAUCAUGAAUGAGCCCAUAUAUAUUAUAUUUUUUGUACAACUCCAAGUUAAAAAAAAA